AUGAGCGAGUUUAGUGACGUGGCAGCAUUAUUUGGAUCGAAACACUCGGCGCGUAUUUUGUUACAGCAUCGAAGUAGUGUUGGGAGUGUCGAUGGUGACUCGGAAGUUCGAUCUUUACCUGAAAUUGAAGUGAAUCUUUAUAAACAGCACAAGAAGGAACAGUCGAGUGUAACACAUACAGCUGAGGCUACGACGACGACACUUGAUAAUCAAUCCAAGUCAAUGAUGACUGCUCCAUUAAGUCUUGAAGAAGUUCAACAAGAACUUGAGAAACUUGAGAAAACACCCGUGCCGACGACAGAAGAGAUUAAUGAUAUUUUGGCGCAAGAGUCAAAUGAAGAGUCCGCGAGCAGUGAUUCCGAUGAUAGUGGUAGUAGUGAUUCAUUGUCUAGUGAUGAUAGAGAAAUUGUGAUUAUGAAAGUACUGAUCGUCGGUAAUGCUCGCUGUGGAAAGACUUGCACGAUUCAACGAUUUACUCAAGAUCAUUUUAAUGAGGAGUAUGUGAGUACAAUUGGAGCAGACUUUGAAGAGAAACUGAUUGAGUACGAUGACCAACUUAGCAUUAGCUUGCAGCUUUGGGAUAUUGCUGGACAAGAUCGUUUUGCCAAGUUUACACGAGGAUAUUUUCGUGAAGCGAAAGGAGCGGUGAUCGUCUGUGAUAUCACGAGAGCUAAUACGUUUGAUGCAGUGGUGAAUUGGAAAAAAGAGAUUGAUACAUGCUGUAAAGAGCUAAACAAAGGUGCAGAGAUACCUGUUGUCAUGGUCGCCAAUAAGAGCGAUCUAUUGGUCGACCCCAUGGACGCGUUAGAUCUUGGCGUGAAUAUGCAAAAGUGCGUAGAAAAGAACAACAUUGUGGAGUGGUUCCGUGCGUCAGCGAAGAGCGGCGAACACAUUGAUGAUGCAUUUCGGUGUCUUAUCGACCGUAUGGUGGAGAAGUAUCGCGUGGAGAAGGAAGAGAGCAAGAAAAUCAAGACUGAUGUCAUUGUAAAGGAGGAGAAACCGAGCGCACCCGAGACCAUCCGUCUGUCCCAGACGCCACGACGACACAGAGCUGUUAAGCAUCAUGGCGGUGGCUGUGACUGCAAUUAG